AUGUCACCGGCGCAGGCGCCCCUGGAAGUCUUGCCCACAUCCAACAUAAUGGAGCAACAGUUGGUGAAGGACACAGGAGGUGGGAAUAAUGCGCCUGCGGCGGCAGGCAAGCAAAACUACAAAGGGUUUGUUGCUGGAGUGUUUUCCGGUAUUGCAAAGUUGAGUGUUGGCCAUCCAUUCGACACCAUCAAGGUUCGCCUUCAGACCAGUAAGGAUACACAUUUUCGGGGACCACUGGACUGCACGCUACAGACAGUGCGCAAGGAGGGCGUACGGGGAUUGUACAAAGGGCGCUACACCACCGCUGGUCGGAUGGAUGAUGAUGGACUCUGUGUGAGUAGCCUGUGCCAGGCGCUUUCCUUUCUACAUCCACAUGAAGAAUAUGCGAGAGAUCGGAGGCUGACCAUCACUCUGUGGACCAGGAUGUUGGGAUCGUUGACACUAUACCGACGGUUGCUGUUGGAGAAUGUCUUCUCUAGGCCCGAUAUCCGCCCUUGGAUUCCUUUCUCUCGCAGCCAGCCUGAUCUCGGAACACUCCCGUCAUUCGGUCAUGGUAUUGCAGGUAUCAUGGCGGGCACGACAGUCAGUUUUAUUGCGGCUCCAGUUGAGCACGUCAAGGCCCGGUUGCAGGUGCAAUACGCUGCGGACAAAACCAAGCGCAUGUACAGCGGGCCAAUCGAUUGUCUCCGCAAAAUUCUUGGCACGCAUGGCAUCCGCGGCCUAUACCGCGGCCUUUGCGCUACCAUCUUCUUCCGCUCCUUUUUCUUCUUCUGGUGGGGCUCCUACGACCUGCUCACUCGCUACAUGAAAGACAACACCAGCAUGUCCGCGCCUAUGAUCAAUUUCUGGGCUGGCGGUAUCUCUGCCCAGAUUUUCUGGCUUACUUCGUACCCAUCCGAUGUGGUGAAGCAGCGCCUCAUGACAGACCCAAUGGGCGGCGCACUCAAUGAUGGGCCGCGGCAGUUCCGCGGCUGGAAAGACGCUGCUAGGGCUGUGUGGCGGGAGCGUGGGUGGAGAGGGUACUGGCGGGGAUUCGUUCCCUGUUUCCUCAGGGCGUUCCCGGCGAAUGCGAUGGCGUUGGUUGCAUUCGAGGGCGUGAUGCGCACCUUGCCAUGA